AUGGCUCCCCUACCGGAAAUGCGCUUAGAGCCUAAACUACCAUUCCAAGUGACAGGAGUUGAUUACGCAGGUCCCAUGAGCAUUAAGAGUAAGUCAGGUCGCGGUUUUCAGAUGAGCAAAGCAUACGUUUGUCUCUUCGUUUGUGCGAUUACCAAAGCAAUUCACAUCGAGCUUGUAACUGACUCAACUAAAGAGUCUUUCUUAUUAGCUCUCAAACGAUUUGUGUCACGAAGGGGAAGACCUUCAGUAAUAUGCAGCGACAAUGGAACAAACUUUAAGGCAGCUAGCCAGGAUCUCAUUGAACUAGGCAAAUUUAUUUCAAAUAAUAAAGAUGAGCUAGAAGAAUUCUUUAAUCGUAAUGAAUUUAAUUGGAAAUUCAUACCCCCAUAUUCUCCCCAUUUUGGUGGCCUAUGGGAGGCAGGAGUGAAGAGAAUGAAAUAUCAUUUGCGCAGCGUAACUAGGAAUUUAAUAUUGACAUUCGAACAGUUAGAUACUUUACUUAUUGAAAUAGAAGCCAUCUUAAACUCCCGACCAUUAUCCCCAUUAUCCGAUUCAUCCCAUGACCUUCUUCCUCUAAAACCUCAGCACUUCUUAAUCGGACGAUCAUCAGCUUAUUUCCAAGAGCCAGAUUUAUCACAUUUGUCAGUUAACAGAAUGUCGCUUUUCCAACACCUUACUCAAGUAAAACAGCACAUUUGGAGGAGGUGGUCCAAAGAGUACGUCAGCGAGCUUCAGCAACGUACAAAAUGGAAAUCCAAUCACGAAGCCCUGAAGGUCAAUUCUCUGGUCUUAUUGAAGGAAGAUAAUACCCCAGUCAUGCAAUGGAAGCUGGGAAGAAUAGAAGCUAUCCACACCGGAGCUGAUGGAGUUCCAAGAGUGGCAUCCAUCAGAACACAGAACGGAACGGUCAAGAGGACAUUCCCCCGAAUAUGCCCCUUGCCAUUUGAUCGAGACGAAAGUCAUUGA